AUGGGGACUCCUGGUUCUGGAAGGAAACGGACACCUGUGAAAGACCGAUUUUCUGCAGAAGAUGAAGCUCUGAGUAACAUUGCCAGAGAGGCAGAGGCAAGGCUAGCAGCAAAACGGGCUGCCCGGGCAGAAGCAAGAGAUAUACGUAUGAGAGAACUGGAACGACAGCAAAAAGAGGAAGAUUCAGAAAGGGCCAGGUAUUCCCACCGGUCCAGUCAUCACCGUCCUUCUCUGGGAGUUGAGGAUGCAUUGUCCAUUCGAAGUCUUGGCAGUCACAGGUUGGAUGAGAAAUCUGACAAACAGUAUGCUGAAAAUUACACAAGACCUUCAUCUCGAAACUCUGCCUCAGCAACAACCCCUCUGAGCGGAAACUCAUCCAGACGAGGAAGCGGGGACACCAGCAGCUUAAUAGAUCCUGACACCUCAUUAAGUGAACUGCGGGAUAUCUAUGACCUUAAGGACCAGAUACAGGAUGUAGAAGGGAGAUACAUGCAGGGGCUUAAAGAACUAAAGGAGUCUCUGUCUGAAGUGGAAGAAAAAUACAAGAAAGCCAUGGUUUCUAAUGCACAGUUAGACAACGAGAAGAACAAUUUGAUCUACCAGGUAGAUACCCUCAAGGAUGUUAUUGAAGAACAAGAGGAACAGAUGGCAGAAUUUUAUAGAGAAAAUGAAGAAAAAUCAAAGGAGUUAGAAAGGCAGAAACAUAUGUGUAGUGUGCUGCAGCAUAAAAUGGAUGAACUUAAAGAAGGCCUUCGGCAAAGAGAUGAGCUUAUUGAGAAACAUGGCUUAGUUAUAAUCCCAGACGGCACUCCCAACGGUGAUGUCAAUCAUGAACCAGUGGUUGGAGCCAUCACUGUGGUGUCUCAGGAAGCUGCUCAGGUCUUGGAGUCCGCAGGAGAGGGUCCUCUAGAUGUAAGGCUACGAAAACUUGCUGGAGAGAAGGAAGAGCUACUAUCACAGGUUAGAAAACUGAAGCUGCAGUUAGAGGAGGAGCGGCAGAAGUGCUCCCGGGGCGAUGGCACAGCAGCUGGUGACCUGGCCGGGCUGCAGAACGGCUCGGACCUGCAGCUCAUUGAAAUGCAGAGAGAUGCUAAUAGACAAAUUAGUGAAUACAAGUUUAAGCUUUCAAAAGCAGAACAGGAUAUAACCACCUUGGAGCAAAGUAUUAGCCGGCUGGAGGGACAGGUGCUGAGAUAUAAGACUGCUGCUGAGAACGCCGAGAAAGUGGAAGACGAACUGAAAGCAGAAAAAAGGAAGCUACAACGAGAGUUACGAACAGCCCUGGACAAGAUCGAGGAAGUGGAGAUGACCAACAGCCACCUGGCCAAGCGGCUGGAGAAGAUGAAGGCCAACAGGACAGCACUUCUGGCCCAGCAAUAG